AUGCUCUCUCAGUGUGACCCUCACCACACGCUCUCUCAGUGUGACCCUCGCCACAUGCUCUCUCAGUGUGACCCUCACCACACGCUCUCUCAGUGUGACCCUCACCACACGCUCUCUCAGUGUGACCCUCACCACACGCUCUCUCAGUGUGACCCUCGCCACACGCUCUCUCAGUGUGACCCUCGCCACACGCUCUCUCAGUGUGACCCUCGCCACACGCUCUCUCAGUGUGACCCUCACCACAUGCUCUCUCAGUGUGACCCUCGCCACACGCUCUCUCAGUGUGACCCUCGCCACACGCUCUCUCAGUGUGACCCUCGCCACACGCUCUCUCAGUGUGACCCUCGCCACACGCUCUCUCAGUGUGACCCUCGCCACACGCUCUCUCAGUGUGACCAUCGCCACAUGCUCUCUCAGUGUGACCCUCGCCACACGCUCUCUCAGUGUGAUCAUCGCCACAUGCUCUCUCAGUGUGACCCUCGCCACAUGCUCUCUCAGUGUCCACAAGAGAAAGAG